AUGGAUGCCAACCAGACCGUCCCCACCACAGCGGGGCCGUUUUCUACAACAGACACGGCCCUGUUGGAGGCACUAAUCCCCGGCUAUGGCUUCAUAUCACGUUUGUUGAUGUCCUACCUCAACGUUGAUGUGAGCGCCUACCUGCAGGUCCUGGUCGGACUGGCCGUCUUUGGCGCAACAGCUCGAUACACUUUGUUCAUCAUCUGGGAACACAUCCAUGAAUUUUUAGUGUCAAGAGCCGAGAUUCGUGUGGAUGACGAGACUUUUAAUUAUUUCAUGUUCUGGAUCUCACGUCAGCCGCACAUGAAACGGACAAAUCGAUUUAUCGCAGGCGUCAAAACCAAUAGUUACUGGAGCGACAAUGAAACCGACGAUGAGGAUUUUGAAAGGGACGAGGACGAUGAGGACGACGAGGAAGAGUUGUUAAACGGUGGCAAAAAUGCUUCUUUCGAUUCAUACUGGGCCAAGGUCACCAUUCGGGACAAGUACAAGAAGAUGCGGUUUACUCCGUCUGAAGGCUGCCAUUACUUCUGGUACAAGAACCGACCGCUCAUGCUCGAGCGCCAAGCCCGGGAGGGCGGUAAUUGGUACAUAAUCAAUAACGAGCGGAUCUUCAUAUCGUGUCUCGGUCGGAACCCUGCGAUUUUGAAAACACUGCUAGCCGAGGCCCAGCAGGCGUAUGUCGACCGCGACAGGAACCGCACGGUAAUCUACCGCGGGUCUCGAUUUGGUGCUGGCCAAACAUUCAGUUGGUAUCGCUGUAUGGCACGGGUACCACGUCCCCUGUCCACCGUUAUUCUGGAUCAAGAACAAAAGGAAGACUUUCUCGAUGAUAUCAAGGAAUACCUACAUCCUCGCACGCGGCGCUGGUAUACCAACCGUGGAAUCCCGUAUCGGCGUGGGUACCUUCUGCAUGGUCCUCCGGGGACUGGAAAGACGAGUUUAUGCUUCGCAGCGGCUGGACUCCUGGGACUGAAACUCUACCUGCUGGAUCUGAAUUCCACAGCCUUGGAUGAAGACAGUCUGUCGUUGCUGUUCUCCGAACUGCCACGCCGAUGCAUUAUCCUACUUGAAGAUGUCGACUCAGCAGGUAUUACCAAUGCUAGGGCUGUCACAUCUACAUCUGCAUCUACUUCCGACACCCUCGUGAAUGAUGCUACCCCCAAGGAGAGCAGUGCCAAAGUAGAUAGUCCAGCUACCAAAGAUGAUGCCAAGAAAGGCGGAAUUACACUUUCAGGACUUCUGAACGUGAUUGAUGGUGUCGCAGCCAGUGAGGGACGCAUCCUCAUUAUGACCACCAACCACGUGGAGAAGCUCGACCCGGCUCUCACCCGUCCUGGCCGCGUCGAUAUGAAGAUCCGUUUCGGGUACACAAGGGAUGCCGAUAUCAGGGAGCUUUUCACUUCGAUCUACGGGGCCAUGGACAACGACAUUACGCGCGAUGAAGCCCCAACAACCCACCAUCACAGCCAUGCUUCAGUCAAGUCACCGAAAACCACCACUAUUGCUAGUGAUGUCGCCAAGGCAAAGGGCGAAGUGAUCCAAGACUCCGAGGAGCGUAAUGGGGACAUGAAGGAGGAUAAUGCAGAAGACCUACAGGGCCUUGUAUCCCUCCGAUCCCGCAUCUCGGAGCUAGCGUCCGAGUUUGCUGCAAUUAUUCCCAGUGGCGAGUUCACAGCUGCGGAGAUCCAGGGAUAUCUCCUUCAUCACAAGGAGGAACCUGAGGUCGCGAUUCAGGGUGCAGUGGAGUGGGUUCAAACGGCGCGGGAGAAGAAGCGUGAGAGUGAGGGAGUGGGACAAGUCGAGGCAGAGGGAGAGGGGAAAGAGAACGCCUAG